GCGGCUGAAAUUCCAUAGUCUGCGAAAUUCAGUAAAAAAUUAUAUAUUUUAUAACUUAUAGUUUUACAUGAAGGUACAGAGCAGGAUGUCAGAACUUAUUAGCAAGCUGACAUCAGACGUAUCCUCAGAUGAAGAGGUUCUCAUCUUACAGCGGCUGCUUUCAUCCUUAUCAGCCAGACCCAGUGUAGGUGGUUCAGAAACAACACUUACAGGCUUUGCACAAAAGGAAGGCAAUUUUGAUCUUUUUGAUGAAGGAAACCCUUACCCACUAGCUACUCCAGAAAUUGUUUGUCCCACACAGGACUGUUUAGAUAAAUUUACAUGCUACUUGUUUGAUAGAAGAUUUGGUUGGUCAGAGACAGAUACAGAAGAUGGUCGCCGUGUACGACGUAUGUCUUGUAGUGGUGCUACAAAGUCUGCAGGCGACAGUAAACAAAAGGCAGUGCUAAACACAAUGCUUGACUGUUUAAUAAAGUGGUACAUGCACCAAGAGUUGAAUAAGCCUCUUUUGCUUGCCUUAAAGUACACUAUAAAACAGACUGCCAGUAUGCCUGUAGUACGUAAUCGUGCAGUUAUACACACUAUGGAAUGGUGCAAGUCUCAGACUGAGCAGUUAUGUGAUGAAGCAUUCUUCCUGGAUAUACAUGACCUGGUUUUACUGUCCAUAACAGAUGUAUGGUCAGCCAUUAGGAAUGCAUGUGCUGGUAGACUAGGAUCAGUAGCUGCAAACCUCACCUUGGAUAAUGUCAGAAAACUUUUUGAUAGUUUUGUGAAGAUGUGUGAAAAAGAUUCGUCAUGGCAAAUGAAGGAAGGAGCAAUAAUGGGAAUCAAUGCAAUAUUACAGCGUUUUCUGAACUCAUCAAGUUCUAAAUCUCCGAUGUCAUCACCUCGUACUCUAGAUGCUGACACACAGGAGAGAUGUGUACCUGAGUUUGUUUCUGCCAAGAUUCAUUCUGUUGUGUUUGACCUACUGUCACAUUCUCAGCUUACAAUAAGGGAACAUGCUGCAAAAACUCUUGCCACCUAUAUCACAUGUUCCAGUGUUCUGGAUGCAUUGACUACUCUGUAUGAAGUGAUUCAAAUUCUCAAGAAAAGACAAGACACAAAAGGCAAUACACAGGUCAGUAAAGGACAGUUUGUAGAUGAUUAUGCGUCUGAGGGGUUCCUGGGAGUCUGUAUAUUUCUAGUCAAGGUUAUACCUCUAAGUUAUCUACUGCCAGGAUGGCCAGAAUAUAUAUCUACAUUUCUGUUGUACCUGUCACAUCCGGCAUCUACUGUUAGACAGGCAGCAAGCAGUGUCUUCAAAUAUCUAGUUGUGAAGAGCAGUCAUAGUGUAGUUGUACUAAAACUGAUCCUGCAAGCAUUAGCGAUGGGUUGGAAUCCGGAUACAGAUUGUAUGACCAUGGAGGAUUCUCCGGAGGCUGCCUCUGUCGGGAGUGCCACACCUUCUGUCUGUGAUUUCAUAGGAACAAAUCUAAGUGAGACAUGGGAAGGUAGAGAGGGAAGAAUGUUUGCCUAUGAGCUUAUAUUCCGGUACUUAAUCAAGAACCAUUGGUUGUAUACAUUUGGGCCUGCAGGUUCAGGUCUACAGAUGGAAGCUUGUACAAGUAAAGAGCCAGACAGCAAACUGCCACAAACCAGUAGCAACAUGGAGUCAAAUGAUUUUUCACAGCCUAACAAAUUGAUUCAUCAUGUAGAGUCAGAGAAAUCUCUAGCUCAUGUCAGACGUAGAAAUUGGCGACAGGUGCGGUUUCUUACACAGGCAGAACUGAAGGAUGAACCUGAUGGUAUCUUUGGGAAGAAAAUAGAAAGACUGAAUACUGUAGAUCAAGAAAAUACGUCAGAAACCAUAGCAAACCAUCAGCCUGUAAGAUCUCCCGGGACAGGACAGAGUGUAGCAGGGGUGGGUCAGAGUCACUUUGACAACACAUGCUCCCUGCUGACACAGGCCCAGUUAAUUGACAAUGUGAACACAGACAGUACAGAUACUGAUAGAUGUGAGAUAAAACAGCAGCAACAGUUAAAAAAACUGAGACAGUUGAUGGAGAACAAUAAUAAUAAUAAAAACAGCAAUAUUCCAUGUAAAUGUGGCUGGAUGGAAAAAGAAUAUUUACAAGAAAUGUCUAGGAUACUUAAAGUGAUUUUAUACCAGACAGCAGAGAGUUUGGGACAUUCACAAUGGGAGUUACGCAGAAUAGCAAAUCAGGUAUUACCAUGUCUUGCUGAGGUUAUACGAUGGUAUGACAUCAAUCUGCUAGUUACAGUCUGGAAUAGUUACCUGAAUGUUGCCGUGCCAACAUGUCUGAUGACCUUCACCUCCGUCCUACUUCUUAAAGAAUCUGUGAUACAUUCAGUCAAACUGAUACCCCUGUUGCAUAAACCUCCACAUACAUGGCAGGACCAUGAAAGGUGUAGAGAUUAUUUGUCAAGUAUAACAACGACCGUCCAGGGUAGACUUCCUGCCUACCUGCCUCACCUACAAUAUCUAAUACAGAGACCCAGUUAUGAUAAACUCUCAAUUAUCUCCACCCAUGUGAUAUUGAUGGCCUAUGCUCACUUCUCAAUUACUCUGGAACAGAAAUGCAGUCAGUACCACUCGGUCUUACAGUUUUGGAAACAUGUGUUUUACUCUGCACAUCCUCAGACUAGAAUCUCAACUGAACUUUUACACAGACCUCAUAAUGAUGUGUUUAGUUCACCAUUUGAAGGAUAUUUAAGUUGUUGCCUUGUAAAACCAGACAACAAGAUACAAUGUGCCAAACAGGUGGAAAAGUUGUUUAUAUCUGAGAUUUGCCAUGAGUUGUCCACAUUUCUCAAUGGUUUAGCCCCUGUAGAUGUUACCUCAGUAUCUCCCAUUCUUGCCCACUAUAUAGGACAGUUUGUAGAGGACUCACAUAUCUGUAAAACAAUGCUGGAAUGCUUACAAUCCAGUGUUACACGUUUUGUACAGACAGUAGAAGAGAGUACAGACAGAGAGAGAAAACUACAGUGUACCAAGUGUAUUCUCACUACACUGAGAGAACUGUCCGCUGUUAUUGCGAUGAAGAGUAUAGACUUGCCUCAGGUCCAGAAAAUCUUGCUUGUUUAUGAGGAAUUGUGUAAACCAGUCAAUGUGAGUCAACAUAUCUCUGUAGCACUAUCUGCUAUAGCGGCUAGGCUAAAUGAGACUGUAGAAUUUACAGUGGACCAGCUGGUACAAGGGGAUGGUUUCUUCAACCUACCUUUGAAUGAGAUAUUGUUAGGAAAAGAGAAUGAUACCAUAUUUACAGGUUCGCCUUCUGGUACAAGGUUCCCAGAAAGUUUAACACUAAACACCAGUAAUAACAGUGGAAGUUUAACAGGCAGACUUAGUGCAUUAAGUUCCCAUAGUGGGGGUAUAGAAGGGAGCCAGGGAUCAUCUACUCCGAGGGAGGGAUCAGACAACGAAGAGGAGAGCUCAGACUGGGACAGCUGGGAUGAUGAAGAAGAGAGCCAAUCAGCAUUUGGUGAUGCUUUUUCAGAGUUUUUACAAAAGUUACAAAAAUUAAACAAUACAAAUCUCGUAUCUGAGGUGAAAAAGUUAGGAGGUCGAGAGAGGACUGUUAUCUUAGGGUUGAUCAAAACCUGAUGUUUGAAAUCAGCCAAUGCUCAACGCUAAAUUAUUGGUAGAAUUUGUCCUGUUGUAUUGUAAAACAUUAAGAAGAUGGGGAAACAAUAACUUCCUGUAUUGGAUAUUUGUAUUGUUUACCAUUAAAAAUUUAGUCUGGUUGUUGACUGUUUUAAAUUGAAGUUAUAAAUGAGAAAAAUGUGGUUAGGGCUAGUAGGGAGGGCAAAAGAAAGCCUUAAAGACGACCAGUGAAGUUUUAUCAAAUAAAAUGGCGCGGACGUCUCUACCAAUUUUCUCAACUACUGAAUGAUGUUUUUUAAUGGCACUGACUAGUUACUGGUCUGAAAAUUUAGGCUUAUUGUUAAUGUUACUGACUAGGAAGGGGCUGAAAAACAGCCUUGAGAAAAGGAACAACGUAUGGUAUGAAUUGUUCAUAGUAUUUUAUGUCCAGUUGUUUAAUUCCUGCAAACUUUACUCCAUACAACAUUUUGAUAGUCCUGUUUAAGUGAUAGGUACUGGUACAUCUGAUGGAGAUAUUUAAUACAUUUUAUUAGUCCACUAGUUUAAUUAAUGAAAUUAUAAUACUUAUAUACAUGUAUGUUGUAUUAUUUUUUCUCAUUGAAAAAAUCAGGUAUAGUUUUAUGGUUUUUUUUUUGUUAUAUAUAAUAAAUAGUUGUUUAAAUCAUAGCCGAUUUAUUAUUGCAUUGUAUUUGUUGUUAUUUUAUAGUUACCUCUCUUUUGUAUCGGUGCAAGUUGUGAUAUCUUUGUGUAAUUGUUUUAUUAUUAUGGCAUUAUAAAUGCAUUUGUACUCUACCAUUUGUGAUAUUUUUUUUUGUUCAAAAUUUUUAUGUGAAAUUGGUUUCAUAAAAUAUGUCAAAGGCUGCUGUAUAUUGACUACCGUAUAUAUGUUUCAGUGAUUUACAGUCGUUUUCAUUCCCUGAAGACAUUUUUCGUGCCUUGUAUUGUAGUUGUUUAUUGGUGAAAUGAUUGAUUAUAAACAGGGAAAUGACUGAGAAAGUCAGAACCUGUAUAUCUUAGCUAUAUCACGGGAGGUUUAAAUAUUAGGUGAAAAUAAACAGACUGGUUGGAAGCAAUAUUUGCUUUCAUGUGUAGAUUUAUAAAGUCAUGUUGCACUAGGCUUGUUGGUUCCCUGUGAAUCUGUUAUAAUGCUGAAAAUUUUUAUCUUGCCAACUUUAUGUGCUCAGUAUUCAAAAUUAAAUGAUAUCACCAUCAAUGUACUUCAUCAGUUUGUUAAUGUUUUACAGGAAUUGAAAUGUAUGUAGCUUAUUUAUAUUGAGUGUUUUAACCUUUACCCUGCCAAAUCUCUAAAAUGGACUGGUCCAUCAUUCAAUUUGGGCAAUACCAUUUUUUAUUCAAAGGGGUGUUUACUGAAAAUUUACUGACUGAAUAGUGAACAGUGCGGACCAGGAGCAGGAUGUGCAGGCUGAUCUUGGUCUGCACUGGUCACAAAGGCAGAAUCACUUGCCACCAGCAGGCUAAAGGUUAAAAUUGCAAAUUAUACACUGGCUAUCUUACCUAAGGUAGGGGUGGGGGUGCACUUUAAAAAAAAUCAUGGAAAAUCUAGAAGAUACUCAGUAUCUUAAAAUAUUAUGUCAAGUGAACAAGUUGCAAGGCUUAUAAACCCAGAACUGCUCACUUGUAAGGCUAGUCGCAACUGCUGCACGUUUGCCGUUACCCCAGUCCAUAAAAUCAGUCAUGAAAUAACAUCUUUUCUAAAGCCUGGCGACACUUGACUGACAAAUAAUUUUUGAUAGAGAAUACUAAUUCAGAGGAUUUGCUUGUUUUUAUUCUAUAAUUUUUUAAUGAACAGUCUUUAGUUAGUUUUCUUCAGAUUUUGCACCUGGUGGUAAAUUAUGCUUUUUGAAGUAAUGAUUGUUUAUAUUGUUUGAAAUGUCUGCAGGUUGCUGGGAAUAAACCCAUAGUCUAAUCAGUAAUUUGAUAGAACUGUAGAAAUUGUGAAAAUUUUUUUCUUAUAUGAAUUGUCAUUUUCCAGUGGCUGUUUUUGUAUAUGCAGUGGUUUUUAUCAGCAAUAUAAUUGUGUUGUCCAGUUUUAGAAAAGUAUUUAUAUUUUCAAAAGUGCACAUAGUGAUAGUUUGCAAAUAGUAAAAUACUUAUUUAACACAUAUUGUAUUUUUUUAUAUAUUAAAUCAAUUUUUGACGGACUGAAUGUAAAACAUCUGUCUCUUAAGCAUUUUAUAAAUUUAGAGAAGUACUAGUAGAUGAAUAGAUGUGGUCUGCCCUUGUUCUUAUUUAAGUUAUCGAUUUAAGGUUGUUCUGGAUGUGUGGAAAAACAAAGCCCUGGGUCUGUAUUCAUCAAACUUCUAAGUUCUUAACAUGUUCAAGUUGUUGUACCUUCUUUUAAUAUGCAUCAAUGCUGUUGAAACUUUGCACAAUUAUAUGGUUUAGUAAUUGUUCUGUUUUUGCCAAGUUUCAUUAAAAUCCAUACAGGAUUUACAGUUGUAGAGUAAAAAGUAAUUUUAAGUGACGACAGAUUUCUCAGAAGUAAGCAUGCCAAUCUACACAUUCAGCUGCAGUUGUUUGUGUCAUGGAUAUAACUUUACAGUGCAUGGUCAGAUCUCAAAAUGAAUUGGCAGAAAAAAAAUGACAACCGUAAUAAGGCCAUGUUUUCCAUGCAAGAACCAUGAUGCAAAGGUCAAGGUUUGUUACUUAACUUGGUCCAUUUUCAAGUAUAACUUACUAGUACAUUGUGAGAUUUCAAAAUACACUUCAAAACUGGCUUUCAUGUCCAGAUUUCCAAAGACUCAUGAUUGUGAAAGUUUGAAAUGCUUGUGGUCAACAUCUUUCAAACCAGUUGAGAGAAAAAAUCAAGCACAUAACCCUUUUAUUGGCUAAAUUGUCCUGGUUGAUUAUGAAGUUUUGAAAUAAAGUCGGGGUUAUUUCAAAUUCUACAAUGUAGGAAAAAGUUUGAUCAAAAUAUGCAAACUACCACGGCAGAUCAUGAAAUUUCUUAUUUUCAGUUCUGAUUUCACAUUUUCCAAUUGCAAAAUGUAGGUACUGCUCUCCAAAAGAAAAAGAAUAUAACUGUAAAAUUAGGGAUUUUUUUUUCUGUUAAUACAGAUUCCAUUGCUACCAGUAGAUUAUCUUCUAACCAGGAAUACAGACCACUUUCUCCUCAGAUUACCACAAAAUAAUUGUUAAUUUUCCUAUAGCAGCACUAUAGAGAUUUUUGCAUGGGAGUCUUAGAGAAAGAAAUUAUAAAGUUAUGCUUCAGAAUGUUUGUUGAUUUUCCUUCAGUACUUUGGAAUCAUUUAAAAGGUUUCAACUUUUCUAACUGUUACAAUUAAGCCCUUACCCUGCUAUAUUUCUAAAAUGGACCGGUCCAUCAUUCAAUUUGGGCAGCAUCACUUAUCAUUUAAAGGAGUGUUCACUGAAAAUUUACUGAUUGAAUAGCAAACAGUGCAGACCAUGAUCAGACUGCACGGAUGGGCAGGCUGAUCUUGGUCUGCACUGGUCGCAAAGGCAGAAUCACUUUCCGACAGUAGGGUUAGGGUUAACUCAUAUUGACUUUUCCUUUCUAAUUUUUGCAGAGUAUUUUCAAACAUCAACUGUUUUCUUUUCACCUGUUCAAAACUGUUCAGAAAUUUUCUCAACUUCUAGUUACUUUGGAAUUAUGUGCAACAUUAUCACCAUUAUAUGCAAGUAACUUUGGGACCAAAUCUCCUUUUAUCUAUUGAUAUGAAUUGAUGUGUCAGAUAUCUUGUGCUUAAGUAUUUGAAUACCUUUGUAGCAUUGUUCUUUUAUUGAAAAUUUUCAUUAAAGAUGUAAAAUA